CAUUUUCAUUCGAUAUCCCAGCCGCUAGAAGGGGUUUAUUUACAUGUGUACAAGUGUACAUGCCCCUCUCGUCAUUUCAUGGAACGCCUGACGGCUAUUGUAUCUUGUUGCACUUUUAUUCAUGUCGAAGGCUAGAGUGGUUUCUCGGAUGCUAUUUGGGGGGAGAAGAACUGCCAGUAUCUUUACCACUGCUCAGAGAAUGUCUGUGGAAGGAAGUAUCAAAGAAAAGCUUUCCAGAGAAUUUAAGCCGGUCCACCUUGAAGUCCUUAAUGAAAGCUACAUGCACAAUGUGCCAAAAGGAUCUGAGACACACUUCAAAGUAGUUGUCAUUUCAGAUGAAUUUAAAGAUAAAAAGCUUAUUCAGAGGCAUAGAAUGGUUAACAGUGUUUUAAAGCAAGAACUAGAUGAAGGUGUACAUGCUCUCUCUAUCCAGGCUCAGACCCCAGAUCAGUGGGAAGCCUGUGGUUCAAAUGUGACAAAGUCUCCCCCUUGUAUGGGAGGGGCAGGGAAGUGAUAAAAAGGCUUAAACCCUAGAUCAGUGGGAAGCCUGUGGUUUUAAUGUCACAAAGUCGCUUUCCCGUAAGUGAGGAGCUAAGACGUUCAGGACCUAGCCUUGUUGUAUGGUAAAUGGUAGUCACAGAUAUCAUGCAUUUUUCUCUUGUAAUAUUUUGAAUAAUAUGUUAUUGUAUACAACACAAAUGUUUUUAUUUUAAAUAAUAGAUGUUUUAAUAACAAUAUAGAUUUGAAUGUUCAUAUCCUUAUUUUGCUAAAAUUUCCAGUGCUGUAGCAGGACUCAAGAUAUUGGGGUGGGGGUCACAAUACAGAAACAUAAAGAAAAUAUUUGGGGGCACAGCCACGCACCUUCUGGUCAUUUUCUUAUAGUUUUUGAAAAUAUUGGGGGGGCACGUGCCCCCAGUGUCCAACCCUCUGCUACGGCCCUGAAUUCAAUGUGAGUGUAACCAUGUACUGUAUUAUGAAAUUAAAUGAACGGACAAUA